AGACGCCGUUUAAUUGGGGCUGUCAGGCCGCGGCGCGCGCGGAGGGCCGGGCGGGACGGAGGCCGGGAGGCCGGGGCGGCGGGCGUGCAGCUCGGCGGGAGGCGGGCGCCCGGAGACGCGGCUGGGGCCCGCGCGGCCGGGGCGCCGUCCCAGGGCAGGGCUGCCCGGCCCCGGCCCGCCCGCGCUCCCCAUGAAAAACCAGCUCCGCGGCCCCCCAGCGCGGGCGCACAUGUCGGCCUCGGGGGCGUCGGCGGCUGGGGGCACCGGGGCGGGGUCGGAGCCCGGUGCGGGGUCUGGUUCCGGCGCCGGUACCGGGGCAGGCGCGGCGGCGGGUGCGGGGGCCAUGCCUUGCAAGAGCGCCGAGUGGCUGCAGGAGGAGCUGGAGGCGCGCGGCGGCGCGUCCCUGCUGCUGCUCGACUGCCGGCCGCACGAGCUCUUCGAGUCGUCGCACAUCGAGACGGCCAUCAACCUGGCUAUCCCGGGCCUCAUGCUGCGCCGCUUGCGCAAGGGCAACCUGCCCAUCCGCUCCAUCAUCCCCAACCACGCCGACAAGGAGCGUUUCGCUACGCGCUGCAAGGCGGCCACCGUGUUGCUCUACGACGAGGCCACGGCCGAGUGGCAGCCAGAGCCCGGCGCUCCCGCUUCGGUGCUUGGCCUUCUCCUGCAAAAGCUGCGCGACGACGGCUGCCAGGCCUACUACCUCCAAGGUGGUUUCAACAAGUUCCAGACAGAGUACUCAGAACACUGCGAGACCAACGUGGACAGCUCGUCCUCGCCAAGUGGCUCACCGCCCACCUCAGUGCUGGGUCUGGGGGGCCUACGCAUCAGCUCUGACUGCUCAGAUGGUGAGUCGGACAGAGAGCUGCCCAGCAGUGCCACCGAGUCAGACGGCAGCCCUGUGCCAUCCAGCCAACCGGCCUUCCCCGUCCAGAUCCUGCCCUACCUCUACCUCGGCUGCGCCAAGGACUCCACCAACCUGGAUGUGCUCGGCAAGUACGGCAUCAAGUAUAUCCUCAAUGUCACGCCCAACCUGCCCAAUGCCUUCGAGCACGGGGGCGAGUUCACCUACAAGCAGAUCCCCAUCUCUGACCACUGGAGCCAGAACCUCUCCCAGUUCUUCCCUGAGGCCAUCAGCUUCAUCGACGAGGCCCGCUCCAAGAAGUGCGGUGUCCUGGUGCACUGCCUGGCAGGCAUCAGCCGCUCGGUGACGGUCACGGUGGCCUACCUGAUGCAGAAGAUGAACCUGUCGCUCAAUGAUGCCUACGACUUUGUCAAGAGGAAAAAGUCCAACAUCUCACCCAACUUCAACUUUAUGGGGCAGCUGCUGGACUUCGAGCGGACGCUGGGGUUGAGCAGCCCGUGUGACAACCACACCCCCAGCGAGCAGCUCUACUUCUCCACGCCCACCAACCACAACCUGUUCCCACUCAACACGCUCGAGUCCACGUGAGGCUGGGGGCACGGGGCAACGGGCCAGCCCCUCCCGGGCCUCCACAGGGCCCGCAGGGAGGGCCCACGCCUGCUGCCUCUGGCGUGAGGAACCCGGACAUCGCCUGUGCCCAGAGGUGAGCUUCCCUCACCGUCCCGGGGAGGAUGCAGCCCACAGCCAGGCCUCCCCCGGCAGGACUUUCCGGAGGGGCCCUCAGCUCUCAGGCAUGUGGCUUUGGGAGUCCAGCGGGGCCUCGUCCUUGUCCCAGGACACUCCUUUCUGCUGAUGGCCCAGCCAGUUUGGCUAUUUUUUUUUUUAAAGACACAUCCAUGGACCUGAGUUUACUUUUUAUUUUUGGCAGGUAAAUCCGAGCUCCCUGGAGCAGAGAGAGUGUUCAAGCUCUUCUUGAGUUUUCUUUUUUAAUGAAAAGUGUUAUUUUCAGGCUACAUGCAACAGUGGAUUGUAUAAACCAGUAUUUCAUCCCUUUCUUGAUCCUGCGAGAGAAAGAGAGAGAGAAGUGUUAUCAGUUUGUUCUUCUUAUUAUUUCAAAAAGCAAUUCUUGGGUUUUUGUUUUUAAUGGAAAAGACAAACCCUGCGUUGAUCUUGACCAAAAGCGUUUUGCACAUGUGUGAAGCCUCCGUUUCCGCAGCGGCCCUUAAAGGGGUGGUUCGCUGCUCUCGCCAGCUUUGGACUCCCAGGCCUGCCCACACCUCCCACCUCGGCCCAGCCCGACCUGGCGCUGCAUUUGCCUGUGAUGACUGCCGCGAGUGGUGAGUGGUGGGCUGGACAGGUGGCCUUUGCAUUCUCUGCCCACCCAACUGCCCUUCUGGUGGUCCCUGCCAACUGCCCCAGGCAGCAGAGGGAGGCCCUGCCACUGUCCUGCUGGAGGUGGGGCCACAGGGGGCUGCCACGCAGUAGCAUUAACCCUCCGGGCUCAGCCCCGAGGGGGGCCUGGGCCCCAGGCCCUUUUUAUAUGUACCCACUACUUCUGUCUCUUCCUCUCUCUGUCUGUUUGUAGCUGAGGGUGCAGGCCCAGUGGCUGGGGGGGGGGCGUAGGUGGUGGCGCCCAGCCCUGCCUCCCCCAAGUCUCUUCCCUCACCCUGGUUGUUACUUUGGUUCAGCUGCCACUCCCAGCCCCCUCGACCCGUGAAAGCCUGCCCUGUGCUCAUCUUGCCCCUGCCUUCUAUUAAGAAACUUGCACCCAUUUCAAUCCCAGGGCAGGGGUGGGCGGCGAGGAUGGACAAGGAAAGGGGUGUGAGGCUCUGUCCAUCCCCCCACCCCCAUAUCCACAGAACAAAGCCACGGAUUCCGUUAUCCUCCUCCAGUUUUGUUCCUUCUCCAACCUCAGUUCUCCCAGGUGUCAGGACUGCAUGGGGCCCGGGGAGGGGUGAGCAGUCGGGCUGGGGUCCCUGAGCGAGCCAGCACUCAGCAUGUGAGCAAGGCCACGGAAACUCUGCCCCCACUGCAUCUUACCUCACAGGGGUGGUUUUCAGGGAUUCUUUAAGGCAGCAGAUUAAAAUCUUGCCACAGUCAAGAAAUUGACAAAAAGCUUCCAUGCUGUACAUGGUUCUCUUUCUCUCUCUUUUUUACCUUUAAAAAGAAAAACCCAGAAAGAUGCAUCAGAUUUGUGUAAAUGAGGGUAUGCCAAGAGGGUGGCCAGUUUUGCUUUAUGAACUUAUGAAGGAAAAUUUGUGACCCUACAUAUAUAUACACACACAUACAUAUAUAUAUCCCGAUCCAGCAACGGGACUUUGUUUAUAUUGCAAAUAAAUAUUAUUUUUUCUUUAAAA